AUGCGAGAUGAAGUAGGGUGCUGCCAGCGUGCGUCCUGGCCAGCCCCACCGGCGCUCGGCCCGUCCCGGACCACGCCUCAUGGCCGAGGGCAAUGGCAAGCGCUGCCACGACGAGGACGUAGACCGGAAGCCCAGAUCCGGCCCACCCGCGCGCCGCCACAUGGCCACCACCAAGCGCCGUUCAGGCGCAGCCCCGCCGCCGUGAGGGACGCCGCCCCACGGGCAGCAGACGCCAACCACCGGCGGAACACCGCCGCGCGCCACCGGCCGCCGCGAGAUCUGCGUGAGAACAACGAGGACACCCCGCCGCCACCUUCCCUGGGGACCACGCGGGCUUCGCCGGUGUCCCCUCCGGCAGCGGCGAAGCGGGGGAGGAGCUGGGAGGGGCGGCUGGCGGCGCGGCUACUAUACAAUAGAAAUGAAGAAACUAGUGCUUUCAUAAAGGCGGGAGGGCAACCCGUGGCCGCGGACAGCGCCUCGUCCCGCAGGAACCGCCGCCGCCAGAAGAAGUCCUCCAACGCCAACGCCGCGGCCGCGGCUGCCCCCGUGGUCGCUGUUCCGGCGCCGGUGCCGCCCACGCCGAUGCAGCGCCUCUUCGACACCAGCCACGAGGUCUUCGCCGGCUCCGCCACCGGCUUCGUCCCCCCGCCCGACGCCGUCGCCCGCCUCGCCGCAAUCCUCAGUGAGCAUCCCCUCCAGCGCCGUCGUGCUACGUGGGGGUCACCGGUGCUGCUACGGUGGAGCUGCAAUGCAACACCGGUGGCGGAGCUGCAACGCUGCGUGCAUGGACCUCAAGUCAUCGGCGGCGCGGCAGAGCUGCGAUGCAGCGCGUCUAGUCCGCCGCUUUCCCGUCGAGCCUUAUCUCUUUCACACGCCCGCUCCUCCACCCGUUCUUUCCUCAUCUUAUCUUCCAUUGCCCAUGGCGACGCCGACCACCAGCCACCAGCUGCCGAGGACCUCCCGCCGGGCGACGACCACGCGCUCGCGCUAGCCGCGCCGCCGCGCGUCACCCUGCUCACCGUGCCCCUGCGCGUCUCGCCCGGCAAGGACGAGUACCCCAUGGUCCUCGCCGUCGACCCCUCCGGCCUCCUCCUCCUCUCCACGCCCCCGGCCCCGAGCCCUCCCCCGUCGCCGCCCUCCAGCCCCGACGCCGACGGUUUCGUCACGCUCAACAUCACCGACCGCACGCCCCCCGGCUACUACGUCUGCGACGCCUCCUCCUCCGCCGCCGCCCGCCUCCCCGGCAACGGGCGCAGCUUCCUUGACGACCGCUCCGUCGGCCUCCUCGCGUCCCCGGCGGGCGGCGGCCACUACAUGGUCGUCGAGCUCCAGCCGCUCAUCGGCAGCGACGAGGCCACGCUACUCUGCUUCUCGUCCGUGACGGGGCGGUGGAAGUAG